GCAGGGCGUGCGCCAGUCCGAGGCAGGAUCGGGUUCCCCGCCUUCCAGUCCAAAAAUCCCGCCAAGGGAGCCACAGAGCAGAGGAAAAGACGAAGUGGAGAGAGUAGAAGAAAGAGAGCAGGGAGUCACCGGGCGUGCGGGGGCGGAGAGCAGCGGCCGCCGCGAGCACCAGCGACUUGGGUACCUGGACUCAGCGCAGAAAAACCUCUCCCGGAUCAACAAAGGCAGCCUGAGCGCGCACCGCUAGUUUGCGACUCCAAAAUGCAGACUCCACAGUACCUGCAGCAACGUCGAAAAUUUGCAGCUGCCUUCUUGGCAUUUAUUUUCAUCUUGGCAGCUGUGGAUAUCGCUGAAGCAGGAAAGAAAGAGAAACCAGAAAAGAAGGUGAAGAAGUCUGACUGUGGAGAAUGGCAGUGGAGUGUGUGCGUACCCACCAGUGGGGACUGUGGGCUGGGCACCCGUGAAGGCACCCGUACCGGAGCUGAGUGUAAACAAACCAUGAAGACCCAGAGAUGUAAGAUCCCCUGCAACUGGAAAAAGCAAUUUGGAGCGGAGUGCAAAUACCAGUUCCAGGCCUGGGGAGAAUGUGAUCUGAACACGGCUCUGAAGACCCGAACUGGGAGCCUGAAGCGAGCUCUCCACAAUGCCGACUGCCAGAAGACAGUCACCAUCUCCAAGCCCUGUGGCAAGCUGACCAAGUCCAAACCUCAAGCAGAAUCUAAGAAGAAGAAAAAGGAAGGCAAGAAACAGGAGAAGAUGCUGGACUAAAAGCUGCCACCUUCCGUGGACCAUGAAAAGGACAUCAGCAAACAGGAUCAGUUAACUAUUGCAUUUAUAUCUACCGUAGGCUUUUUAUUCAAAAAUUAUCUAUAGCUUAAGUACACAAUAGGCAGAAUCAAAAUGAAAAGAAAAAUUUUGUAGUAGCAUUUUUUAAAAUGUAUCAAUAUACCAUAGUACCACUAGGGACUUAUAAUAGAGGACUGUAAUCCUAUUUAGAAAGUUGACUUAUAGUACAUGUUAAGUGAUAGAAAACUGAGGUAAGUUUUUUGAAGUUAUGUGAUAUUUUACAUUAAAAAUUUUUUUUUUACAUUUUUUUCUUUGGGCAGCAAUUUAAAUGUUAUGACUAUGUAAACUACUUCUCUUGUUAGGUAAUUUUUUUCACCUAGACUUUUUUUCCCAAUUGAGAAAAAUAUCUACUAAACAAAGCAGCAAUAAAAUAUGAUCAUCCUAUUUGAGGAAAAUAUCUUUUUUUCUGCCAGUGGAUUUUUAAAAAGUGGUAGUCAGCAAAACGAGGGGAGGGUGGUCAGAGCAUGUCCUAGUUCAAUGUUGACUUUUUUUUUAAAAAAAGAAAGCAUUAUAACAUGAAAUUAUUUCACUUUGGCAGAAAUAUUUGUUUUUUGAUGAAAUUAUUUUUCCAUUGGAGGAAAAAAAAAAGAUGAGGAAAAUAAAUCAAGGUGAUGCUGAAAAACA